ACAUCUUUGUCCCAUGCAAUGACGUCAGUAACUUGACAGCUCAGUCGGAUUCUUGUUCUGUUCAAAGUUUUCUUCUCUAUAUUAACAGAGCGUUUUAAACACAAUGAGCUGAGAGUACGUUUGUCAUUUUCUGUAUAUAUAUUCCCUACUACACGUUGCACCAUGUCUUUCUUCGUAGAUUCAGUGAUCAUGAUCACUUCUCAGGUGCUGUUUUUUGGGUUUGGGUGGCUGUUUUUCAUGAGGCAGUUGUUUAAAGAUUAUGAGGUUCGACAGUAUGUUGUGCAGGUGGUCUUUUCCGUCACAUUUGCCUUUUCCUGCACUAUGUUUGAGCUCAUAAUCUUUGAGAUCCUUGGUGUAUUAAGCAGCACGUCCAGAUAUUUCCAUUGGAAGCUGAAUUUGUAUGUUAUAUUGCUAGUUCUAAUAUUUGUGGUGCCGUUCUACAUCGGCUACUUUGUGGUCAGUAAUAUACGAUUAUUGCAGAGACAAAGGUUGCUUUUUUCAUGCGUGGUCUGGUUCACAUUCAUGUAUUUCUUCUGGAAACUGGGCGAUCCUUUCCCUAUACUCAGUCCAAAACAUGGCAUUCUGUCUAUAGAGCAGCUGAUCAGUCGUGUGGGGGUCAUCGGGGUCACACUGAUGGCUCUGCUGUCUGGCUUUGGUGCUGUGAACUGUCCUUAUACAUACAUGUCGUAUUUCCUGAGAAAUGUGACCGACAGUGAUAUCCUGGCCCUGGAGAGAAGACUUCUCCAGACUAUGGACAUGAUUGUCAGUAAAAAGAAAAGGAUUGCCAUGACAAGAAGGCAAAUGUACCAGCGUGGAGAGGAGCAGAAUAAACAGACGGGAUUCUGGGGGAUGAUCAAGAGUGUGACCUCCUCACCAUCAGGCAGUGAGAAUCUUUUCGUGCUCCAGCAGGAAGUGGAUGCUCUGGAGGAACUCAGUAGACAGCUCUUCCUGGAGACCGUCGACCUACAAGCCACCAAGGAACGCAUAGAGUACUCAAAAACAUUUCAAGGGAAAUACUUCAACUUCUUAGGGUAUUUCUUCUCCAUCUACUGUGUGUGGAAAAUAUUCAUGGCCACUAUAAACAUCGUGUUUGACCGUGUGGGGAAGACUGACCCAGUGACCAGAGGAAUCGAGAUCACAGUCAACUAUCUCGGCAUCCAGUUUGAUGUCAAGUUCUGGUCUCAGCACAUUUCUUUCAUCCUGGUGGGAAUCAUCAUAGUCACGUCAAUACGAGGCCUUUUAAUCACACUCACCAAGUUUUUCUACGCUAUCUCCAGCAGCAAGUCCUCUAAUGUCAUUGUGCUCGUCCUGGCUCAGAUCAUGGGCAUGUAUUUUGUGUCGUCUGUGCUCCUGAUGCGGAUGAGCAUGCCUUUAGAGUACCGCACUAUAGUGACGGAGGUCCUGGGAGAACUGCAGUUUAACUUCUACCACCGCUGGUUUGACGUGAUCUUCCUGGUCAGUGCUCUCUCCAGCAUCCUUUUUCUCUACCUGGCCCAUAAACAGGCACCCGAGAAGCACAUGUCCCUGUGACCUCACAAGUGACCUCAUCAGAGAGAGACACACAGGACUGAAGUGUCUCCUUCUUUUGUCUCUCCUUUUAGAAGGACUUUUAUGCCUCUGUCCUGUAAUGAGCAUGAAUGGGUCUGUAUUUCCUGAAUCAGGAGGGGCCCAGAAACAAAGUGUUUAUUUGACUUUGGGUUCAGAAAAUGUUGAUUUGCUGUCUCAUUUAUAAAGACUCAUAUUAAUGGAGGGGACAGAAUGGUAUACAGUGUGGGUGUAGUUUCUCUCAGUGUAUUAUAUAUAUAUAUAUACACAGAACAUAACAUUUUUCAAACCAGGUGUUAUUAUGUUUACCACUGUAGGUGAACAAACUAAUUGCUCUCACUAGUUUGUUUGCCAUUAAACCAGCCACUCUUAAGCGAACUUUUAUCAUAAAUAGACAUCACAUAUAUAUCUCAGCAACACUCAGAGAUGUUACAGCAUACAGGUGGUCUCUUAUUUUUCUUUCAGGCCUUUUUUGUAACUAUUAAUCCAUGUCUCUGUAAUAAUUCAUACGUGGAUACUGUAUUGAGUGGGAGCCAUAAUUCUACUGAAAUCAUGUCAACUAGAAAAGGGUUAAGAAUACAUGCAUCAAGUUGCGGUUUUGUGUUAUUCAUUUGUGAAGGAUGGAAAGGUGCUUUUGAUUUACUAAAAAAGGCAUUGUCUACAUGGCAGAGAUGUAACUGUCUCCAAUCUAUGUUCAAAUACAGAAAGCUCGGAUUGCAAUUAAAAGGCUUUUUCAAGCAUUUUCUCUGUUUCUUAUUGGUAGAUUCGGCAGU